AAGGGAACAAAGCAGGUGGCUAAUGGGCUGUUUUUCUGUUUCAGUGGAGCAUGACAGAGAGUUUCACCAUCAGCGCUGCCACUACCGAGAGUUCAGGUUUGAUCUCUCCAGAAUCCCAGAGGGGGAAGCGGUGACGGCUGCCGAGUUCAGGAUAUAUAAGGAUUACAUCCGUGAACGCUUCGAUAACGAAACGUUCCAGAUUAGUGUCUACCAAGUACUCCAGGAGCACCCGGGAAGGGAUUCGGAUCUGUUCCUGCUCGACUCUCGAACAAUCUGGGCUGCAGAAGAAGGGUGGCUGGUGUUUGACAUUACUGCAACCAGUAAUCACUGGGUGGUGAAUCCCCAGCACAAUCUUGGCCUGCAGCUCUCCGUGGAAGGCAUCGAUGGGCAAAGCAUCAAUCCCAAACUGGUGGGUCUCAUCGGAAGGCACGGCCCGCAGAACAAGCAGCCGUUCACGGUAGCCUUCUUCAAAGCCACCGAGGUCCAUCUCCGCAGUAUUCGCUCCACGGGAGGGAAGCAAAGGAGCCAGAAUCGAUCAAAAACGCCAAAGAACCAGGAAGCUUUCCGGGUGUCAAAUAUUGCAGAGAACAGCAGCAGCGACCAGCGACAAGCCUGCAAGAAGCACGAGCUCUACGUCAGCUUCAGGGACCUGGGGUGGCAGGACUGGAUCAUCGCUCCGGAGGGCUACGCUGCGUAUUACUGUGAAGGAGAAUGUGCUUUCCCGUUGAAUUCAUACAUGAAUGCUACAAAUCAUGCCAUUGUACAGACACUGGUUCACUUUAUAAACCCAGAGACUGUGCCGAAACCCUGCUGUGCUCCUACACAACUCAAUGCCAUCUCAGUACUCUAUUUUGAUGACAGCUCCAAUGUUAUCUUAAAAAAAUACAGGAACAUGGUGGUACGAGCAUGUGGCUGUCAUUAGGUUUGUAGGAAAGGAAAAAAAAAAAAGUUAUUUGUAAAGAGUGGUUUUGUAUGGCUAUGUGGGGGAGGGGAAAAGGUUAGCACUCCAGCAAUGGGUUUAAAAAAAAUCCCAAACAGUUUUUAGGACUGGGCUUCUGAAAGUUCAGACAAUGGAACAGUUUCUGGAUCUAAGUGGCAUUUGAACACAUUUUGUUUUAGUUUAUUACAGACAAUGAGCUUGUAAACUGAAACAAGCCAGAGAAACCAUUUAAAACCAAAUCUGCCUACAAAAUUGGCUCCUACAAUACAUAUUUUUGCAAAUGAGUCUUUCUGAAGAUUGCAAACUCACCAGUGCUGAUUGUGAGUUAAAAAAUAAUAAUCUAUCCAAGGUGAGAAUGUGCUGUGACUAAUAAGCAUGUGUAGUUCCUGUAACACAGUUUGCAAUAAAAUAAGUGAACAAAA